ACGAUCUUGACUCAUCUUCUUAAUGUCUCCGACCCCACAGGCUCUGCAGGACUAUCGUGUCAAGCGCGAUGCCUUCAUACAGGAUGAUCGAAGUCUGCGUCGCGAGAAUGUUCGUCUAGCUGCGCUUAGUGUGAAGGAGAAGCAAGCAGAUGAGAUCGUUCGCCGUAUACGGACUGUCGAAGAGACGAAGGUUUGGAAGCAGGACUAUGCGGAUGUGCCGCAUCCUUUUCCUGGGAUGGAGUUCUUGACUGGAAAGCGAAUCAUCGAGCAGACCAAAUUGUAUGGCAUCAUACAAAAAAUGCCAAAAGGAGGCCUCCUUCAUGCACAUCUUGACGCCACAGUCAAUGUCGACCUCCUCAUGGGUCUUGCCCUCCAAUACCCUCGUAUUCACGUUCGCGUCCCUCGACGCCUCACCACCUCCACGAUCUCAAACACUCUCCCCGAGCUCAGCCCUAUUCCUGUUACGACGUUCGCGGGCAACUUCAGUGUCAGUCACGCUGAAUAUCAGCCUGAUACUUGGGUUUCUCUGAGUGUGGCGAGGGAUGGAUUUGAUGAUUCUCUUGGAGGGAAGGAAGGCUUCGACAAAUGGAUCCACGACUCUAUGACGAUCAACCCUGCCGAGGCUUAUGGGACGCAUAAUACAGUGACGAAGAUAUGGCAGAAGUUUCAGUCCACCUUCCGUAUCUUCAAUCCCUUGAUUCGCUAUCGUCCCAUACUCGGUCAAUACAUCCGACAAUUCUUCUUGACCUCCAUUGAGGACGGAAUCUCCUAUGUUGAGCCCCGCGUACCUUUCUUCCACAAAGCCCUUUUUGAUGAGGACGGCGAGUUAAUCCUCACCCAUCGGGACCUUUUGCUUGAGUUCGAUCGAGUUCUUAAGGAGGUGAAGGAGGAAAUGAAGGCAAAGGGCAGACCAGAUGACUUUAUCGGUGCAAGAGUCAUCUACUCGACAUUGAGGGCCAUCACCGCAGAAGAGCUCGAGUGGUAUACGAACGAUUGCAUCGCUCUGAAGCAGGAGUUUCCCCAUCUCAUUGCCGGCUUCGACCUCGUUGGCGACGAGAAUGUGCUCAAGCCUCUGACGGAGUACAUUGCCCCUCUUCUGGCUUUCAAAGAACGCGUGAAAGAGCUCGGACUUGAUCUACCUCUGAUUCUUCAUGCUGGGGAGACAUUGGGAGAUGGAUCUAUGGCAGAUGAUAAUUUGUACGAUGCUAUCCUCUUAGGAACAAAACGCAUCGGACAUGGGUUCUCGCUAGUGAAACACCCAAAACUCAUGGAGAUAUGUAGAGAGAAGGGCAUCGCGCUUGAAAUCUGUCCAAUCUCAAACGAGAUCCUGCGUCUCACAUCCUCCAUGCCCAUGCAUCCCCUCCCCAUCCUCCUCAACAACGGCGUUCCGGUGGCUCUUAACUCCGACGAUCCUGCCAUAUUCGGAAACAUGGGCCUCUCGUACGACUACUAUCAGGUCCUUGUCGCGAGCGACGUCAAUGGGCUCACCACGCUCGGCCAGUUCGCCAGAGACAGUAUCACUUUCUCGUCGUUAGAGGAACCCGAGAAAGAGCGAGCGCUCAAGAAUUGGGAAGAGCGAUGGGAUAGGUUCUUGGAUGAGGUCCUGGCAUUCGACGUGGCUAGUGUCUGAGGGAAACAGCCGCAUUCAGGGAUGAGAGUCCACGUCCGUCGAAUGCUGAGUGAGGAGUGGGUACCUGGUAGGCUGAGCGAAGAUGCUCAGAAUUGUCCCACCAGAGAUGGUGACGAAGCGGUUCAACAUCGGAUGUAGGACGACUGCCUUCAACUGGCUUACGUCCCUGCCGCACUUCGCCCUCAACGGGUCCUGCGUCGCAUAUUACAGCGAAUACACUCCACAGUCGCCUUCAACCGGCAUACCUGGACAUGCCUUCCACAGGCAACUUUCCGCAUUUUGGUGUAAUUUGUAUGGUGUUUGUGUCUCGACAUGAUCAUUGUAGGAAGGAACAAAGGUUAUCAUUGUAUUCGCGCUGCGACGCACUCAUGGCGCGUCUCGGGAACCAGCCCUUUCGUGUACAUUCUCUGAGUGAACCGAACAAGUUU